UGCUGCGGCUUCCGGGGAGAGUGCAACGGGAGGAGGUGGUUGCGCUGUGGGGAGGCCGCUGAUUGCUCGUGCGGCGGGUUCUGGGCGUGCUGGGCCGUGGCGGAGGCCAUGCUGGGCCAGCGGCGGCAGGCGAUUGGCGGGAGCUGGUGCUGCUGCUGCGCUGCAACAGGACCAAGUGUGCGGGUAACACCCGUACCCCAGGGGGGACUGCGCUGCCAGCUAACACUGUCACUCGAGUGUUAUCUCCCCUUCUUCCUUGGUUGGGCGUAAGGCUUAUGACACAACCGUGUGCUGGGCGUGAGCACUGCCGCGUUCCUUGCCGCUGCUGCUCGCGUGAGGGGAGUACAAGCUCACCUGUGUGGUGCUAGGACCUGUGCCACCACCUAGGAAGGACUACCCGCCAGGCUGGUUGUUGUGUUGUCUAUAGUUCUGCCCGUGCAGAGAGGCGUGGUGCUAAGUCUUGAACCGCAGGCGAGGGGGGUUGGCAAGCGCAGAAGAAAUGGCUGGCGGCUGUGUCGAGGCAGUGAGGGGUGAGCGGGCGAGUUCUUUGUGCCAGGAAGGACCAGGGAGCGGGACGCCUUGGCGAGCGACGGCAGACCCGGGUUGAUAGCAGACGGACACCAACAGAGGUCAAGAAAAUCGGCAGC